AUGUUGUGUCCCUCUUUUGCCAUCUUCUUGGCUAGUCUUGCCGCUGUCCUUGCUCCAGUCACCGCACAGUCUUGCAAUACCACUGGAACUUAUGAAGCGUGUUGCCCAUCCUCUGACGGGAAAGUCCUUAUAUUUCAAGACAAGGACUACCGAGUGCGCUGCAGCUACUCCCAUGUCUUCGGAGGAGUAGAUUCACCAAAUCGGCCAAUGAACCUGACAAGCUGCGUUCAAAAAUGCAGUGGCAAGACGGGUUGCCUUAAUCCGCAGUGGCAGUCCAGAGGACAGUCCAGUACGGAAGGCCUCUGCUAUGUAAGCGAAUUGAAAAGCGAUGCUGCCUCUGGAAGAGGGCCUGGAACAAAGAACGUGGCCUUUGUCUCGGUUGAUACUUCGGAGAAGGCGAAGGAUCCUGAUCAGUGCCGAGAUGAGGUCAGCAAGUGCAAUACAGAUUGCGACGAGAAGAUCAGAAAAGCUCUCAAGGACAAGAUCCCUAUUUCAGAUUGCGACCGAAAGGUCUUUGAGGCAGGGAAGGGCAAGAUCCCUAUUUCAGAUUGCGACCGAAAGGUCGAAGAAGCUGGCAAAGGCAAGAUCAGCAACAAAGCUUGCAAGGACAAGAUUGCAGAGGCAAUUCGGGAAAACGAAGAAAAAUGGACAAAGAGAUUGAACAAACUCAAAAACAAACCACCACGGUAUCCUCGUUUCGCAUGCAUCAAGGGUGUCAGGACUUUUUAUGAGCAUAGUUACAAUUAUCACUGUCAGCUUGAUUUGCACCAGCGUCCGAAAGACAUGUCAAAACAGAACGACAAGGUUAUUGAUGACGCAGAUUGUGCUCGCAGGUGUAAUCGGUCCAAGGGUUGUAAGUGGGCUUUCUAUGAUCCACAUACAAGCCGUUGCUGGUGGAGCAAGACGCCAUACAACCCUCGUUACACAAGCGAGGGAAAUCUUGGAGGAGCUGUUUUAGAGCGCGUAUAA